UCGUCGCUGAGACGGUGACGUCACACCCAACAACGAAUGCGUGAGCUCAUUAAAGCGCGACGGUCCCUGAUCUCGCCGUUGAGAGUGUUGCGCGCUUGUUCAUUCAUCAUGGCACCUUCACCCACCAAACGCAGAGAACGUUCUGAGGACAAACCCAGAGAGAGAGCGAAAGAGAAACCCGCUGGAAAGGAGGGAGCGGAGAAGGAGAGAGGCAGAGAGAAGAUCCGCAAGCGUCGCAGUAACUCCACUGGCAGCAGUAGUAGCAGGUCCAGUUCCAGCUCCAGCAGCAGUUCUGGGUCCAGCUCGGGCUCAUCCAGUGGGUCCAGCUCUUCCUCUGGUACCAGCCGUUCUGGUUCAUCCAGUUCCUCCCGGUCCUCUAGCUCAUCCGGAUCCUCUGGGUCUCCCAGCCCGAGCCGUCGUCGCCAUGACAACCGGCGGCGCUCACGAUCAAAGUCCAAAUCACAAAAGCGCGGUGAGGAGAAAGAGAGGAAGAGGAGGAGCCCCAGCCCUAAACCAACUAAACUUCAUCUGGGAAGACUCACCAGGAAUGUCACCAAGGAACACAUUCAAGAGAUCUUCUCGACUUACGGGAAGAUCAAGAUGAUCGACAUGCCUCCGGACCGCUUGCAUCCUAAUUUAUCAAAGGGCUACGCUUAUGUGGAAUACGAGUCUCCAGAGGAUGCCCAGAAGGCCCUGAAACACAUGGAUGGAGGUCAGAUUGACGGUCAGGAGAUCACGGCCUCUGCUGUUCUCACCCAGAGGAUACGAACCGCCCCGCGAAGAAUGACGCCGCCACGCAGAAUGCCUCCCCCACCUCCCAUGUGGCGCCGCACGCCACCUCGCAUGAGGAGACGAUCUCGGUCUCCACGGCGACGCUCCCCGGUGAGAAGGCGCACUCGCUCCAGGUCUCCGGGUCGCAGACGACACCGCUCUCGCUCCAGUUCCAACUCGUCCCGUUAGACGCUCUCUCUCCUCACAGGAGCAGCUUUACAUUCGCUGAUACCUGAUGUCUUUAAUGUUAGGAACUGUUGCUUUAGAUUCAUUUGGAAACGAUUUUGUCUGAAGGUUUUUACUUUUAGUACCUCAAGGUUGAACGAAAAUGUAAACGCCCUGUCUUACAGCAUCUUUUGAGUUGGGGUGAAUGUGAUUGGAUUUUAUUUGCUUGUGUGUUUGCACACUUGCUGGUCUUGUACUAGAUAGUGCUCCAUUUUACUGUGAUUCUUUUGUAAUGUGCUUUUUGAGAAAUGCAGCCUAUAACUGGUCAAUUCCUUUUCAAAAUACAUUUGUGCACAGCAACAGUUGUUGUUUUGUUGGUGCAUUGUCGGCUCAUAUUCCAACCCACAAAAUUCAGGAUGCUCAGUUUGUAAUCCUGUAAAAUCUGUUGAUCUGUACGAUGGAAAACGAAUCAAUAAACCAGUGUAACAUCUUA